CGGUGGUGGUUUCAAAAGUUCAAAAAUCAUUUCCCCGCUUCUGUUUCUGCUUCCAAGACUCCGGCCAUGGUUGCCGUCUACCACCAAGCGCUGGCCACCGCCUCUCCUCUCCGCGACCCUCUCUCGUCCUCCCUCAGAUUGAUAGAGCAAGCCGUCGACGACUUCAACUCCGGGAAGGAUUCCGGGUCGCACCUCACCAAGAUUCUCUCCGAUUGCAUCGCAGCAUUAAAGGACAACCCUCGCUACCAUGACGACACCAGAUUCUUCUAUAUCUGCUUCUUCUAUAUGCGAUUUAUCGAAGACUACGAAACACUGUUUCUGGAAUUGAUGGAUAAGGAGAUAUGUGGUGGCAAUUCUAAGCUGUAUGUUGGGUAUGCCUACUUUCUUGAAUCCAUAGGGAAGGCGUACCAUGCCGACAGGGUUUAUAAGAUGGGUAUUCAAAGGAAUGCUGCGCCUGCUGAGUGGGUGAAGAAAGCAUACGCUUCAUUUCUUCAAAGGAUGUCUGGAUUAGUUGCUUUGUCUCAUGAGGUUGACAACGAUCAAUCCAUUCAGUUUGACAGCCAAAUUAAUCCAUGGUCCAGUUCCACAAUGACAGCCCUAUUAAAGAAAAUUACCCCUCAACUUAUGAAAUGUGAUGGAUAUCAUUCUACUAAUAAAGCUUACUCAGGAAAAGUGGCGCUGUCUUCUUUGAAGAACUCAUCAAGGAACAAGACUAUUGAGAUAGGUCGUACAAAAUACCAGAUUACGGGUUAUGCAGGUCAAGGUGGGUUUGCUCAAGUAUAUAAAGCAUACAUGAAUUGUAACCCUGAAGAUGUUGUUGCAUUAAAGAUACAAAAGCCUGCUUUCCCGUGGGAAUUCUAUAUGUAUCGUGAACUAGAUCAACGGAUCUCAGACAAGGAAAGGUCAAUCUUUGGUUUCGCUCAGAGAAUGCAUCUCUAUUCUGACUGUAGUAUUCUUGUCUGUAACUAUAUUGCUAAUGGGACUCUUCAGGAUGUAAUAAACUCAUUUGCAGUCACCGGAAAAUCCAUGGAAGAGGAGUUAUGCAUUUAUUACACCAUAGAAAUGCUCUACAUGUUAGAAACUUUGCAUGAUGUUGGCAUCAUUCAUGGGGAUUUCAAGCCUGAUAAUCUGCUAAUUUGCUAUUCUCGGGACAUCCUAAAAACUAAUGGAUUUCAGGACAAAAAUGAGCUUACAAAAGAUGGGUUUCUGGAAAGAAGUGGCCCCUGGCUUGAUCAGGGUCUUUGCCUUGUAGACUGGGGAAGAGGGAUAGAUCUGCGUCUCUUUCCCGAAAAUAUAAAGUUCAAGGGAGAUUGCCGAACUUCUGGAUUUCGUUGUGUGGAGAUGCAACAGAAUAAGCCUUGGACAUUUCAGGUAGACACAUAUGGACUCUGUGUUGUUGUCCAUAUGAUGCUGCAUAGUUCUUACAUGGAGAUUGACAAGAAACCAUCAUCUGAUGGUGGUUAUGUAUAUCUACCCAAGGCAUCUUUUAAAAGAUACUGGAAGGUUGAGCUCUGGAAGAAUUUCUUUGAGAAACUGCUUAACAGUAAUCCUGGUUGUAGUGACAAGAAACUGUUGCAAGAUCUGAGGGUGUCCUUCCAGGAAUACAUGUGCUCUGACCCUCACCUUUUAAAGAAACUUAGUGAUUUGCUGGCAAAGCAAAGGAAAUCAAUGUGUUCUGCUUAGUGCGCCUUUGAUCUAUCUCUCCUGAUGAUCUAUAUUGCAACACUUGAUUGCACUUGCCGUGCAAGCAUAGGUCAACUUCUUAAGUCAAUUUAUGGCAAAAGGUCCAAUCCCGCUUCUAGCUUUCUGAUGUAUAGUUUUGUUAAGCUCGUCCCUGGAGCAUUUGUAAACCAAACCUAAUCUCGGGUAAAUGUAUGCUUUUUUCACCAAAAUGAAAAGAGGAUGUAGUAUGUAAAAAUCACUUGUUUUACACAUGCUG